AUGGUGCAAUUCCCCCUUCCCACCCUUCUCGUUUACUGUUUCUUCACAGUCCUGCCCAUCUGCACUCAUGCCCAUAUGCAAAUGAGCUCGCCCUACCCUCUGCGAAGUCCUCUUGACCCCGAUAUCAGCUAUACGCUGAAAGAUUAUGAUAUGACGUCGCCCCUCUUCCCCGAUGGCUCUAACUUUGUAUGCAAGCAAUACCAGCACGAUGACUCGUCCUACUCCAUCAAAGCGACGUACGUCGCCGGUGGUACCUACCAAAUGUCAGUGGCUGGAACGGCAAAUCAUGACGGUGGUUCCUGUCAGCUUUCACUCUCUUACGACAACGGAGUGACCUUCAAAGUCAUCAAAUCCAUCAUUGGCGGCUGCCCUCUCUCCAACACUUACAGUUUCACGAUUCCCAGCACGGCACCGGCGUCCAGCACCGUUCUCUUUUCCUGGUCCUGGUUCAACAUAGUUGGAAACAGGGAGAUGUAUCAAAAUUGCGCAAGGGUUAAGAUCGUUGCUGGGCCUAACCAGCGUUUGAUUCGCCGCAAUCGUGCCAAGCGACAGUCUGUCCCCUUGCAAAAUUUACCAGAUAUGUUUGCUUGCAAUGUUGGCAAUGGCUGUACGACCAUCGAGAGGCGAGAAGUGAUAUUUCCCGACCCCGGUUCCGAUGUAUCUUACGGCCAGGAUGCCAUCACCCCUGAUCCAGGCCCAGGAUUUGAGAUCAACGGCGCUUCGGCCACUGCUACUACUGGAACGUCCUCUGGCAUGACAACGGCAUCAUCUCCAACGACUGCACCACCUUUCCUUUUUGGCAACUCCUCGACUUCAAUGACCCCCCCUUCCUCAUCCGGAUCGAUGCUAACACUAACUGACAGCCUUACCAGCACAAUUAAUCACGACGACCUCCUCACGACUUCAACGGCGGCGGCCACCACCACCACCACCUCAUCAUCAGCCAUUUCAACAGCGACAACACUCUCCACCGUCGCCGUCGCCUCGCCAACCUCAUCCCCAUCAACACCCACCUCAUCAACACCAUCAACGCCAAGCUCCUCUUCCACCGCGCUCCCCGUCUCUUGUAUUCCGGGGACAUUCACCUGCAACUCGCCUAGCACUUUCUCACAGUGCGUGGUAACCUCAGCCACAUCCACAACAUUCGUCUACAUGGGGUCUGUUGCCGCGGGCAUGCAGUGCGUUAACGGCCAAUUUUCGCGCGAGAACGACGGGGCCUGCACGCCGUCAGGGAACAUAUUCUGCGACGGGCCCAAUGCGUUUUUCAUGUGUGACCAGGGCGGCUUGAUUUCCAUGGGUCCCGUCGCGCCAGGGACUCAAUGUCAGAAUGGUGAGAUCGUCGUUGCUGGGUCAUCGUAA